AUGGUGUGGGAAAGAUUGGAUAGGGCCGUGAGCACGACGGAGAUGUUUGAUUUGUUUCCAGUAACAAAGGUGCAGACUUUAGUUUGUGUCUCUUCGGAUCACAAUCUAAUUAUAAUCUUAUCGAAUGGUUUUGGUGUGAAGCCACAAAGAACUUGGCGUUUUGAGCAGAUGUGUUUAGAGAAUGAAGGUUGCCAUGACAUAGUGGUUGGGGCUUGGAAUAGGGCUUCCUCAGGUUCACCAAAGGAAACAAUGGUAACAAAAAUUGAAGCUUGCCAAAAGAGAUUAACACAAUGGAGCAAACAUUCUUUUCAUAAUAUUUCUGGGGCGUUAUCUGAAAAAAAGAAGCUGCUGAAGGAGGCUGAAGUGGCUGCGACUAGAGGAAAGAAUGUGGAGGUAUUUUUGCAGCUAAAAUCCGAAAUCAACAAUUUGCUCAGGUUGGAGGAGAAGAUGUGGCAGCAGAGGAGCCAUGUUCAUUGGAUGGUCUCAGGGGAUAGGAACUCAAAGUAUUUUCAUAAUCGACCUUCUCAAUGA